CUGAAGAGCAGGUAAAGCAGUUACACUUUACCGGAAGACCAAGACAGACAGGUCUUAAGAAAAACAGGCACUGAAAUACUCUUUUUGGAAACUCUUUUUAAACUUGUCAGCCAUAUUUAAAUCCAUCUACACAAAGAAGAAAAAGAAGAAAAAAACAACAAGAAGAUAAAAGAAGAAUAUUGUCUUCUACUUUUAAGAUCACGCAACAGGAUGGAGGAAUUGGAAAUAUCCACAGCAUCACGUACCAAUUCAAUACGCCACCAACACAGGACAGUGGCCUCAAGUAAUGACGAGGACAAUGCUUGGGAUGCCGGUCCAGAGUGUUCGAUCUGCUUUAGCGCAUAUGACAACACCUUCAAGACGCCGAAGCUUCUCGAAUGCACCCAUACCUUCUGUCUGGAAUGUCUGUCUCGUUUUGUGGCUGUUUCACCAGAGCACCAGGGUACCCAGAUCACCUGUCCUCUUUGUCGGCGGCCAACGUCCGUGCCUGAGCAUGGCCCUCCAGAUCUGGCAACUAGCCAGGAAGUGUUGUGCCAACUUCCAAGCGAGAAGCAACAAGUGGAGAAUGUUUAUCUAGACGGAAAGAGGCUGUGCUACUCAAACCCAAUGAUACCCGACUGCGUCUGCAUUGACAUUGGGGCGCACAAACCAGAAGAGACGCCAAGGAGAGAAGAGACAAGAGAGGGUUUUGGACACAGGAUGCUGAGAUUCCUGGGUUUUUAUGGGAACUGGAAGAGGCUUGUGAUCUUCAUCAUACUGCUUCUUGUGGUCUUAUUCAUUAUACUCUGGCCCCUCCAGUGCUUUAUCAUCUCAGGCUCCAUGUCAGAAUGUUUAGGAAGAUCACGAGAGAAUACAGCUACGCUCACCAAUCCCAGACCUACAGUGGGUAACUAAGACACACAGGUGGACAGAAUACGUUUUUAUUAACACCUGAAAGCUGACUGAAUUUCAUGAAUUGCACAUGACAUUCAGGUUGCAUGGGCUUCAGUCUAACAGCAACCACAACCAGCUUCAUAUGACAGGAAACCUAUAUUGUUUAAAGUUUUACUUUUUCCUUUGAACUCAAUAUUCGUUGCAUGAAAUUUCAUUGUCAUUUCACACACUUCCUAAAUGCCACUGUAAAUAUGUUGUAAAUUGUCAUUUCACACACUUCCUAAAUGCCACUGUAAAUAUGUUAAAUUCUGUGCUGUGUUUAAAACAGAUGAACAAAAUAAACACUAAGGUAGUUUUUAUAAUUGACACUUGCAGGUUUGAUUGCUUUGGCUGGAACCUUUUAAAAGCUCUUUGCACAUUCUGUAAAAUAAUAAGCCUGCAAUUUAUUGUAUGCUGAUUUGCACUUUUUUAAAAAUUAAUUAAGCAUUUAUAUUGACUAAUGCAUUUUUUAAAUGGUUGUACU